AUGUUCGACGUUCUCAUUGUUGGUGCUGGUAUGAGCGGCCUCCAGGCUGCCCUGUCUGCAAAGGAAGCAGGACUUUCCUUCGCUGUCAUUGAGGCUCGAGACCGCGUGGGAGGGAAGGUCUGGAGUCCUCCUCUGGCCUCAGGCCGCGGUCGAGCUGAUCUAGGUGCUGCCUGGAUCAACGACGAGAUGCAGCCUCUCAUCACUGCCUAUGUCCGUAGGUUUGGCAUGAAGACGGUACGGCAGCCUAUAGACCUUACGUCCAUCAUGCAGGUCUCUGAGACGGAACGCCUGGAGUUUCCCUUUGGCAUGGUUCCCGAAGUGAAUCUCCCCCCACCCUCCAUCCCUAUCAAUGGCUAUCUCGUCGUUGCUAACAGUGAUUGCCAGUUUGCCUCUGAAGAGAGGAAGAACCUAGAGAUGAUCCGUGACCACAUUGAGGCAGAGUCGCAGAAAAAAAAGCCCCCAAAGCCCGAGGAUGAUCUCCUCUCUCUUGAUGCCUAUGUUCGGAAGCUCGGUGCCAAUGAGAAAACCUGCAAGAUGGUUAACAUCUGGGUUCGGGCUAUGCAUGGUCUUGAGUCUACUGAGGAGUCGGCCGCUCACUUCAUUGACUACUGCCGCCGCAACCACGGUCUUUUAGCCGCCCGUGCGGAUGACCACACUGGUGGCAACUAUAUGCGUCUUGCCGAAGGCACACAACCCAUUGCCUUUGGAAUUGCCGACCUUAUCGGUUACCAGUAUAUCUAUCUGGGCCAGCCGGUACACUCCAUCACCGAUGAGAACGACAAAAUUACCAUCACCACGACCGAAGGCAAGACCUUUGUUGCCAAGAAGGCCAUUGUCUCCAUUCCCAGUGCCCUCUUCAAAGACCUGCACUGGACCCCAGCCUUGCCAACAGCUCUACAGGAGCGAUCCAGUAACGCCAAACUGGGCCACUAUAGCAAGGCAGUUAUUUGCUAUGAUAAGCCUUGGUGGAGGGACUUGGGAUUCAACGGAUUUUUCUUCAGCUUCUCAGGCCCCAUAAGCAUCGUCCGGGACUCAAGCGUUCCUGAGAAAGGUCUAUACGGCCUCACGGCGUUUGUAAACGGCAGCGUGGGCGCCGAGUGGGCUAAGAAGGACCCCCAUACCCGCCGCCGCAUCAUUCUCGAGCAGCUCGCCAGUGUCUACAACGUUGGCAAAGAUCCGGAGCUCUGGCGUCCAAUCGAGUUCUUUGACCAGAUCUGGAAGCACGAGCCCUACAGCCAAGGCGCUUUGUCACCCAUCCCCGCCAUUGGCCACUAUGUCAAGCACUGGGACAUCCACGGCAAGCCUGUUGGAAACAUCCACUUUGUUGGAACCGAAUACUCUCACCACUGGAAGGGCUACAUGGAGGGCGCCCUGACGUCUGGGCGCGAGGGUGCGGCCCAAGUGGUCGCUGCCCUUGGGGGUUCUCGGUCCCGUCUAUAG